CAUAUUUUUACGAGAUGCGUACCCUCAUUUUAUGGCAAAAUUAGAUUAUUUAGGGGGGGCAUUCUUAACUCUUGCUGUAUUCUCUGUUACCUUGGGGGCCUCCUCCUUUAUUCUUUGGUUCCUUCUUGGGGCCCUUGUUAACUCGGAUGCUUUUCUUCCUUAUGCUGCUAUGUUCGGAUCUGUUGUCUUUGUUAUUUAUUUCCUAUGGAAUAACUUCGUUACUUCAAGGGAGUCAGUUAGUCGUUAUAUAGAGGAUAAUAUGCAAUUAUUAUUGUCUCUUGCCUUAGACCAUUGGUUUGCUCAUACAAAUAUAACUUAUACAGGAAAAGAACAACUUGUUGCUGACGAAACCCUCAUGGCAUAUAGGGAUAAAAUAAGAGAUGAAUUAAGGGAGGCUCGCAUGCGCAUGCGGCGAGAGUAUCAACUGGGUUAUGUUCAUGAGGAGUCUGAUUCUUUCUCUAGUCCCUCUAGUAGUUCAUUAAGACACUUCGGGUCUGCAGGAAUAAAAAGGAAGAAAGAAAAGUUAGCUACCUACGUAUACGAGAAGGUGGCAGCCCCAUUUGAGAAUGCCUUUAAGAUGGAUGAGAAUUGCAGAGCAACAGGACUUAACACUAUCCCUAAUCUACCAGAAGGAGCUCGUUUUGCGACUUGUUCUGAGGUGGAGAGACACAGCGAGAGAAUAGAAGAUAUGUUAACAGGAUGGGAUGCAGUUAUGUUAAAAGAUGGUGUUAAAUAUGGACCUAGAUAUGGGUAUGGGUACACCUAA